AUGGCAGAGAAGAUGACUCCAUCAAUCCCGAGCCCAAAGGCAGAAGAAGCAGAAGUCGUUACCGUUGAUGUGAGCGAAGGCAAGAAUCUCCUUCAAUCUGGGCAUCAAUAUCUUGAUGUUAGGACCGAAGAAGAGUUUAAGAGAGGACACUGUGUGGCACCUAAGGUCGUCAACAUCCCCUACAUGUUUAACACACCUCAAGGCAGAGUGAAGAAUCAAGACUUCUUGGAUCAAGUCUCUUCUCUUCUCAACCCAACUGAUGAUAUCCUUGUGGGUUGUCAAAGUGGAGCUAGAUCCUUGAAUGCCUCAACUGAACUUCUUGCUGCAGGUUUCAAGAAAGUGAGGAACAUGGGAGGUGGCUACUUGGCUUGGGUGGAUCACAGCUUUGCCAUCAACAAGGAGCAGCCAUCUGCAAACUAA